ACUCGUGACGUGAACCUAGCUGACGGCGAUCGAGCGGAAAGGAAGGAAGUUGAAACGAGAAUGAUCGAUAACAAGAUCGUUCAACUGUCUGUCCGUCGUCGUUACGUUCAAAACUCCAUUUGCUGAAGAAUAUCGCGAUUACAGUGAAAGGAUCACGGAAACUAGGGAAAGGAUGCCGAAGACCCAGAGCAUCAGCGUCUGUCUCUUAAAUGCCAUCAAGAAGUUUCCAGAGCUUUACAAUUCUCAGCAUGACCUUGCCAAUGACAAAACCCACAGCAUGGUCGUGUGGGACUUAAUUUCCUACGAACUUAACACGCCAGUUGGCGUGCUGAAGAAGCGAUGGCAGAAGCUACGAUCAUCCCACAAAAAAAGGUGCAGGAAGUUGAAGAGCGCAAAAUCCGUCGCCCCUCUACCACGUGACGAAAUUUUCCACCUCAUGCAAUCCAUGCUCACCGGGAAUUCCCUCGGGAUCGUGGAUGACGAUUCCGUUUCUUCGGCGGCGACGCUUUCCGUCAUAUCGGAGGAGAGUCGCUCUUCUCUCGGUUCGAGCAGCAGCACUUUGAUCAACGAAGAACGACGAGAGUCCUCGUCGGAAUUUGAGGCCCCGAAGAGAGUCCUGCGGCCCCGGAACUAUCAGCGGUCACCGGAAAUCGCCAAUUUCGAGACAUCCGAAAACCGGGAGCAUAAAAUCGUCGAUCGAUUUCACUCAAGCCGGGCGAACGAGCCCGUCAAGAUUUUCUUCAAGAGCAUGGCUCUGACGGUGUCUAAAUUUCCGCCGCACCUUCAGGCCGAAACGAAAACAAAAAUAUGCGACAUCGUCGUCGAGGCCGAAUUGAAACUCUCGUCAGGACCGACGCUCCGAUUAUAGACUCAUUUUGUCCUUUACCCGUGUUCGUUUUUCGUUCCCGUUAAUGUGAAGUGUUAACACUGGUUUGGUAUAUGAAUAGUUGUUGUA